AUGUGUGGUAUCCUAGGUGUUGUGUUAGGUAACCAGUCGAAUUCUGUGGCUCCAGAAUUAUACGAUGGGUCUCUGUUUCUGCAACAUAGAGGUCAGGAUGCAGCUGGAAUCGCUACAUGCGGGCCGGGUGGGAGGUUUUAUCAAUGUAAAGGCAAUGGUAUGGUACGCGAUGUUUUCACUUCGCAAAGAAUGGCAGGUUUAAUAGGGUCAAUGGGAGUUGCUCAUUUGAGAUACCCAACUGCAGGGUCUAGUGCAAAUUCUGAGGCACAGCCAUUCUAUGUCAAUAGUCCUUAUGGCAUUUGCAUGUCUCAUAACGGGAAUCUAGUGAACACUGUAUCUUUGAGGCGUCAUCUUGAUGAGGACGUGCAUCGGCACAUCAAUACUGACAGUGACUCUGAGUUGCUCUUAAACAUUUUUGCCGCGGAGCUGGAUAGGUAUAAUAAAUAUAGAGUCAACAAUGAGGAUAUUUUUCAUGCGUUAGAGGGGGUUUACCGUUUAUGUCGUGGUGGUUAUGCCUGUGUGGGUAUGUUGGCAGGCUAUAGUGUGAUAGGGUUUAGGGAUCCCGAUGGUAUUAGACCAUUAUUGUUUGGUGAAAGGGUCAAUGAGGAUGGAACGAAGGAUUACAUGCUGGCAUCUGAGAGUGUGGUAUUGAAGGCCCAUCGCUUCAAUAAGUUCCGUGAUAUUUUGCCAGGUGAGGCAGUCAUUAUUCCCAAAGCCUGUAGCACGAAUCCUCCUGAGUUUAGACAAGUUGUACCAAUGAAUUCUUAUAGGCCAGAUUUGUUUGAAUACGUAUAUUUUGCACGGGCUGAUAGUGUGUUGGAUGGUAUUUCUGUAUAUCAUACGAGAUUGCAGAUGGGUACCAAACUAGCAGACAAUAUCAAGAAACAGAUUGAUAUAGAUGACAUUGAUGUUGUUGUUUCUGUGCCAGAUACUGCACGCACUUGCGCUCUUCAAUGUGCCAACCAACUAAAUAAGCCCUAUCGUGAGGGUUUUGUGAAGAAUAGAUACGUGGGGAGAACAUUUAUCAUGCCAAACCAGCAGGAACGUGUUUCUUCUGUUAGGCGUAAGUUGAAUCCUAUGGAAUCUGAAUUUAAAGGAAAGCGUGUGCUGAUUGUUGAUGAUUCGAUCGUAAGAGGUACUACCUCUAAAGAAAUUAUCAACAUGGCCAAAGAAUCUGGCGCUAUUAAAGUUUACUUUGCAUCUGCUGCUCCAGCCAUUCGUUACAAUCAUAUUUAUGGUAUAGAUUUGGCUGACACAAAGCAAUUGGUAGGUUACAACAGAACCGUUGAAGAAAUUGAGGAAGAACUGGGAUGUGACAAGGUUUUAUACCAAUCUCUUGAGGACCUCAUUGACUGUUGCAAGACUGAAAAAAUUAAGAAUUUCGAGGUAGGCGUUUUCACUGGAUGUUAUGUCACGGGUGUAGAAGAUGGAUAUCUUCUAGAGUUAGAAAGAGUACGUGCGUUGAACAGUUCUAAAAUGAAUGAUGUCAAGGCAGAAGUUGAUAUUGGUUUGUACAACAGCGCGGACUACUAA